GGUGCUACGCUGAUGUCGGAGGUGCGAACAAAUGAGCUAAAGGACGCGAUGUGUCCGUACGGAGCCUAUGAGUCGAAGUCAGAAGCGAGACAUCGGGAGGAUGUGGUUGCAACGCUAAGUCUGUUGGUGCGCCAGUGGACGAGGGAGGAAACCUUGAAGAAGGGCCACCCUGCUUACGUCGCCCACUUUGUUGGGGGACACGUUUGUCCAUUUGGCUCUUACAUGUUGCGAGUCCACCAUCGAUUCGCAAAGAUUGAUGCGUUGUGCGUCGCCCCGCAAUAUCUCGAGAGGAAAGAUUUCUUCACGUCGUUCUACGCGCUCCUGAAAUCACAGAAGAAAGUGCGGGAUCUAAGAGCUGCGGAGGAUGCCUUCGUGCCCAGUAUGAAGUUUACCUUCAAAGGAAUAAGGUUCAAUCUCCUGUACGCGAAACUCAAUCUCCCUCGAGUGAAAGUGUCACUCAACCUGCGGGACAAUGCUCUGCUCAAAGACAUGGACCCCAGGUGUCUGCGCUCGCUGAGCUGCUAUAGAGCCACGGAGGAGAUCCUGCGCCUCGUCCCCAAUCCUAACAACUUCAAGCGCACGCUGCGCGCCAUCAAACUGUGGGCCAAACGGCGAGGCGUCUACUCCAACAGUCUUGGCUUCCUGGACGGCGUGUCCCUGGCCAUGCUGGUGGCCUACACGUGCAUCCUGUAUCCUGAAGCCCACGCAGCCACACUGGUCCACAGAUUCUUCUGUGUCGUAGCGCAAUGGAAGUGGCCAGAGAUUGCUCGGCAGCGGCGCAUUGCACCUGAUACCGAAUUUCCCUUCUGGGACUCUUCUGUGAAUGUACCCGAAUUCUUUGGGAAGAUGCGAAUUGUUACGCCGAUAUUCCCCGAGUACGACAACUCGUUCAACAUGACUGAAUCUACCAGAAACAUUGUCAUGGAAGAAAUUGCAACUGGUCUGAUGGCAUCAGUGGAUAUUUUUUUGUACAAGAAUCGAUGGAGUCACCUGUUUGAGUGCAGCAACUUCUUCGACAAGUACAAGCAUUAUUUGGUACUGCUCGCCUUCUCCGCCACUCCGGAUGAUCAGCCAGCGUGGAGGGAACUGGUGGAAGCUAAAAUACCUAACUUCAUUCAAUGUCUGGACCGCAACCACAGAAUUCAUUUGGCACAUCUGAACCCCGUGUGCUACAACUCUGUGCCUCUAAACACUAACUACGGCCAGCCACAAGCCUUGCAGCCAGGUACACCAAUGCCGAAAAACACGGGAAUACAGAGAGAUGAAGACGGCGCAGUUGUGGCAAAUUGCUGUUCCAUGUGGUUUGUUGGGCUUACUUUCAAGAAAAAUCAAGCAGUCGAUCUCUCCUUUGAAUCAGACAAAUUCAGCAAGGUUAUCGACCGCGAGGCAAUAAAAUCCAAAUUACAGCAGGAGGGAAUUUUGGUUGAGAUUGACCAAGUGGAACGCGACCAGCUGUACCAGUACCUGUCAACUUCCCUGAUGCUGGACGAACCAAUUCCCAGCUCCGAGGGCCUUUCCGAAGACCUAUUCACAUCCCCGCAGACCACGAAACGGGCAGCAGAGAGCGACGAUUCCCCCGCACCCAAGAGACAGAGAAACAUUAGCACUUCUGAUAUUGAGAAUGAACUAAGUAAUGAUGAUUGCUGACGUAGAUAUUACCUUUAUUCCCUGUAGGGUAAUGUCUUUUUGUCAAUUAUGGGUCUUAUGUUAAAGGGGAUAAAGGAUAAACCAGUGUAUUUUUUUAGCAUAAGUGUAUGUAUAUGUAUUAUUGUAUGUGGUGUAGUAUGUAUAUGUAUUAUUUUAGUAUUGUAACAUAAUAAGAGAUAGGAAUUUUAACUUUUUUUGUAUAACUAUAUUACAAGUCUGACUAUGAUAUUAAAAAUUGUUUGC